AUGACAUCUCGGCGGGGCAAGAGCGAGGGGUAUAAAAGUCCAUCUAGUCCUCCGAGCAGCGGUUCGGAGGACAAUGGUUUUACGAACCGACCUCGCGUGGCCGGACUCUACGUGAAGAACUUAAGCAGAGAAGAGUUGGAUGAGUUGGCCAAGGAAGGAAUUUAUGGACCUACUGGGAAUCCGAACGAUCGACCCAGAGACGGCGGUAGCCAAAGGAGUCUCAAUAUUCUAGGUAGCAGCCGGGACUUGGAUAGUCAGGAUCAUUUUAGAAGAGCGACUUCCAGAACACCUCAGCCACCCAGAAGAUCUGGCAUUGCAAUCAAACAUGGAGAUUCUGGCAGAGUGUCAGAAACUUUAGCACGGAAGGAUCAUCAUGGCUCGCUUCCGACGGAAAGAGGUUGGUCGAGACGUUUGGAGGAUCAUUCUGGGCAGCCAGAGAGGUCCGCCCGAGAAUCCUCUGAAUUUCCUGCUAGUUGGAAAGAGCCGUUACGACCUAGCGUCAGUGCAUCACCCAGAGAAAGUUUGAUUGACGUGCGGAUCACCGAUGAGGAUCUUAUGAUGGCAGCUGGUUCGUGCCAUUUCAGGGAAACCCAGAAGCGUCCUGAAGUAUCUUCGCAUUGCGUCAUUUCGUCGACGGUACCCAGCGAGGACCAGAGCUUAUCACCGCCGCCAUACGUCAGUCUAAGUUCACCUGAGUAUACCGAAUACGAGGAACCGAGCUCGCGAGCAUCAAAGAUUCGUUCCAAAACUGCAGCGAGAGUCUAUCAAGUCGGUAACGAGGAACAUACAAGUUCACUGUAUGAAUGUCCGAGCUCGCCGUCAUUAAAAGAAGACAAGGAGUCUCUCUUUUCGCAAACGAUUGCUAAGUCAUCAGACUCCAAUAUCGACAAAGUGGAUGAAGUUACGAGUCCGUCGGGAACGGAGAAAUUAACUUCACCAGAAUCCAAGAAGAGCGAAUCUCCACCUAUGAAGAGAAUUGGUUCCAGAACGCAAGACAGCAUGAGAUUGCGACCACCGUUGGUUGGAACUGCUGGUACUUCCGCUGAUUCUGGCACCGGCGAUUCCGGGAGUGUGGAGAUCCAGGCGGAUGUCGUGACACCGCAGGCAGCAUCGGGUAACAUUCUCGAUAUCAAGGAAUCUAAAAACGAAAGCAGAUCCUCUGGCGCGAGAACUCCCGGCAGCAAGGGGGGCAAGCAAACAGUUAAGCCGUUUACGAAAGAGAGUAGAUUGGAAAGCAAGACUAUACAAUUAGUGCGCGAAUAUGGUUUUCAACCGAAGAAAAAGAUGUCGGUGGAAGAUGGCGCGGUACUGCCAAACAAGUUCGAACCAUUUCCGAACAAUCUCUACGGCAGACCAUUGGAAGAGAUCGACAAUUUCAUCUACGACGAAAGCCUCGAAGGGAAAUGUUAAAGGACCACGCGACCGUUGGGGAUCGUUAUAACACAACACCGCGAAGCAAUUUCAACGAUCGCAUAUUUCCAGUUUAUAGCUGAGUGUUGCUAGGAGGCGAAGUGUAACCGAGAGCAAAUAUCAGGCACAAUUUUCGUUUUUGUAAAUAAAUUUCUUUAGCCGUAAAGCAAGUGGAACAAACAGGAAAAACAGUAGGUGACGGUAAAAAGAAGCACGAAAAAAGAGAAAAGAAUCUGGCAGAAAUGUGUACGUGAAUGCGCAAGGCAGAAAGGGACUUAAAACAGAAAUGGAGAGAAAAGUUGCGAGAGAAACAAUAGUUUAAAAAAGAGUAAAUGAUGAUAGGUUAGGAUUAGUGAAAGAACGGAGUGGAGAAAAGAGAGAAAGAGGACGAAUCACCGAAAAUACAAAAUGAGAGAAAACAAAGAAGAGAA